AGCAGCUGAAAGAGAGAUGCUGAUAUGCUCCUCCUACAAACAUUCAGCAACUUGCAAAAGAGAGACUUUGAGGAAGUAACACGUCACUCAUCACAGGAAGUAGAUUCUUUAUUUUUAACAUGCAUCAGUUCAGUGUCUCUGACAGUUGACAGCUGAGAAAGGGAGAGAAAAAGAGAGAAGCACGAUGGCUGAAUUCAAAUGGAUAAAAAUGUCUUUAUUUGGGAUACUGCUUCAGUUGACAGGUAAGAAUACAUAUAAUGUACACAAAUACCAGAAACAUUACAAAAUAUAACUAUAAAUAUUAGAAAUGGUAAGUUAUUAUACAAAGUGCAUUUUAUUUAACUAAGACAGAGAAGUCAGCAGUUUGUUUUAAACAUGCUGAGUUUUGUUAAAUUAGGAAACAAAGAAUGAAACACAUUUCCAAACUUCCGAUGUAUCUAAAACUUUCCCCACACUGUCAGCAUGAGAGCAUAUUCAUAUUUCAGUUUAUUUUUCAUGUUUCUCUCAUCUCUUUCACAGUGGUUACCGGACAUCCCCUCUCCUUCACUGUCAGAGAUGGCGAUGAUGUCACUUUGACUUGUGAAAAUGUGGUAGAUGGUCAGGUUAACUGUAACAGGACUAACUGGGUCUUCAGAGGUUCAAUAAGGGUGGAAGUAGAUCUAGUUACUCAUGGGCAGAUUGUUGAAAAAGACAAAGCUAAAUCAGACAGACUGGGUGUUACAGAGAACUGUUCUCUGGUUAUAAAGAAGGUCACAGUUCAGGAUGUUGGUCUUUACCACUGUCAACAGCUCAAACCAGGACAAGAAGUUGCAGACACUCAGAUUGAACUAUCUGUUAUUAACAUACAGGAACAUGAACAUGAAGAUGGUGAGCAGGUGGAGCUGUCCUGCUCUGUGUCGACACAUGAAGUGUGUAGACACACAGUGAAGUGGCUGUAUGAGGGGGAAGAUGCUGCUGGAGAUAUAAGAUACACGGAUAUGCAGACUUCACACUCUGAGUGCUCAGUUACUGUGACGUUUCCUAUUUCUAAUCUCAAGCAGAAGUCAAAGUAUCAAGAGUUGUUCAAGUGUGAAGUGACAGAUGGUUACACUAAAAAAGUGCAGCUGUUUCCCUUCAUCCCUCAGUCCUCAGGUGAGAAACCAGGGGAGGAUGCAACAACAUCAACCACGAUGAGAACAAUUGAAAGUGGCAGAAAAUCCAGAAUCACCUCAACAACGCCUGCUGUCAGUGUUACUUCAACAUCACCACAAGUUUGGUGGCCGUACCUCAUUGCGGUCAUAGGUUUAGUGGCACUCGUAAUCAUCACUGUGGCUGUCAUCAGAUGGAAGAUGACUAAAGGGGAGAAACGACAGACGGAUGACAACGCGGAACAGAGCUUAAACUCGGCGGUGUCUCAGCCCGGUCCAGAAACCAGUCAGGACACGGCUGAUCCUGAAGAUGGUGUUUCCUACGCCUCCAUCAGCUACACCAAGAAGACCAAGAGCAGAGCCCAGGUACGGGUUAGAAAUGAUGAUGAUGAUGAUGAAGGUGAUUCAGUGACCUACAGCUCUGUGAAAGCUUCCUCCUCUCCUGCCGGAGCCUCUGCUGAUCCCAGAGACCUCUACGCCGCCGUUAACAGAGCAAACAAAUAAGAGACCACAGCACCCGAGAGACAUUUUAAAGCUUUGGAUAUUCACUGCUGGAAGCUCUGACUGUUGACCACGGUUAGAACUAAACUGUGAUAGUUCUAACUGCUGAACAUGAUUCUGUUGUCCUCUGUUCUCUGUUGUGUUGUUGUUGUUGUUUAAUCGUGCUUUGUAUUUUCUGUGAAAAUAUUUUGUUAACAGAAGGUAUUGCUUACACCAGCUCACUUUAGCAAAUAAACAUUGAGCCAAACAGCUAAAUCUCUCAC